AACGCUCCAUGCAUUUCCUUUUAUUUCGUUUUAAAUUUUCAAAAUUCCAAAACCCUAACCACUAAAUUCCCCUUUUGCACACACCUCACUAAACACAAUGCUGACCUGAUUCGAUUUCAUCCAAACUCUGCUACUCAACUCAUCAACGGAGUCCGAAGAUCCGAAAAAGCUGUAGAUGACGGAGCAACGUCAACCCGAAGGAGAAGCCAUACAUGAGGUCACCGAUGAAAUUGAGGAGCUUGAUAAAUUAGAGGAAGAUGUGAACCUUAUGGCUCAGAAAAUAGCCGAAUUUAGAGAGACAUUGCCUGCUCAGCUUCAGAAUACUCUCGACUCCAUUCUUUCUGCUCAGAGACCUGUUAAUUUUAACCUUUCUGAUAAUGAUCAUGGACCCUCUAGUAAUGCCAAUCAAGAAGAAGGUGUUGUUGCAUUAGUAGAAGAUGACGUGGCACACACUGAAAAGAUAGAAACAAUUAAACAGAAAGUUUCCAGCAAUGAUUCUGCAAUGUUGUCGGUUGUAAAGAGAAUGAAAGAUUGUAUUUCAAGAAUUGAGAAGCUAGACUCCUUCAACAAAGGAAUCAUCCAUCCUGCCUUCAAAACAAGAAAUAUCAUCUCACAAGAUCGCUUCACGUGAGGUUUGUUCAUGUUUGAAUGAGAAUCUAAAUAUGCUUUUUUUUUUCAAAUCUAAAUUCAUGGCUUCUAGGUAUUUAGGCUAGCUGGAUAUGAUUUGAUCUAAACACUUGAUGCUUAUGUAUGGCUUUUAUCAUUGA